UUGAGAAAUAAUCUCGUGACUGACUGUAUAUGUACUGAAAUUACUUGUUCAUUUCAAUUUGUUGUAAAUAUUAAGUUCUUUGUUCGAGAUUGUAUUUAUUUAUUAUUUAUUAUCGUCUAACACUAUAUUUUUUAAAAGUUGUUACUUUACAGUUACGUGGAACAUGUAUGUUAAAUUUGAACGGCAAUUUUGAUUCAUACUUUUCCUUAUAAAAACAAAGAGGCGAGGCUAAAGUGAAAGUGAUGGCGAAUGCAUUUGGCCUAAUCCGUACAACGGCCAAGUAUAGGCAUGGCUCAAAAGUUACAGACCUCGUUAUAUUUAGUGUUUUAUUUAUUUUGAUUGGACUUAGUGACGGAAAAGCUUGUAAUCAGGAUGGAAACUGUAAAUGUACGUUUGAUGAUGGCAGUGGAACAGUGGAUUUAUCUCCUAUAGGUAGACAGGACGGCACGCCUUUAAUGCAGGACCAAUUUGCUCCAGAUAACUAUGCAUAUUCUUUCAACCCAUGCUAUCCAUUUACAGAAGGCACAUGUGUUAACGCAGCGGCAUGCCAGUACGAUUCAAACAAUAACAUAUAUUACAACAUAGGAGAUUCGUCUAAAGUUACACUUUCAUUUGACGGUUUGAACAUCAUUGGAACGUAUGUUGCCGACGACGGUGCUAGGAGUUCUACGGUGACCUUUCAAUGUGACCCCAACACUGACCCUCCCACUGACACUGCCCAGGGAGAAACAAGUACCACGGUCUAUGGUUUUACAGUAGUUUCAAAAUAUGCUUGCCCCCAAGGUUCAGGACCCGGACCCGGACCCGGCCCUGGUCCUAACCCGAGUCCAGGUAAAGGAGGCAGCGACGGUAUAAGCCCUGGUUCAGUAAUUGUUAUUAUAUUUUUUGCUUUGCUGGUUGUUUAUCUAAUAGCUGGUAUUGCGUUUAACAAAGUUAAACGCCAGAACACGGGUAAGGAACUUGUUCCAAACGUGACGUUCUGGAGCUCCCUGCCAGGCCUUAUAAAGGAUGGUGCAAUGUUUACAUUUGGCAAGAUAACGAGGAGAAAAGGUUACGGCAGUGUUUAAUGUUCUUCAUUAUGUACAUUUCCAAUUAUUUUACAGUGAUGUUAAAUUUGUUAGCAUUUAGUCUUUAACUGCCAAUAUCCGUGCAUUCUACAGUUCAUGAUUAUCGCUAAUGUCCGUUUGAAGCCGUAACUAAUCCGUCUGAAUUCAAAACAACCAUCUACAAGAAUUUGCUGUCAUCCGGCGCUUUAAUUACGUGCUGUGGUUAAAGACUACAGUUUUUUAUUUAUAUAAAAUGUUAUUUUGUUCUACGAACACUACACACUUCGUUAUAUAGUUAUUAUUUGUUCACUUAAUAAAAAUAAAACAUCAAAUCAUAAU